UACUUUCCCCGUUGUGACACACCGGAAGUAGGUUUUGGUGUCAGUUUAGCCACAGUUUCUAUCUUUGGCUUCGCCUUCAUUUCCUACUUAGAAUAACAACAACAACAAAGACAAAUUGAUAACAAAUAGUUCUUCAAAUCGUCUCAAACAAAGGAAUAGACUCUGAAUCGGAGAGAUAGAGCACAGCCAGCUAUGCUGACAGAUGCAGAUUAUACAGUGAAUGCUUCAGGUGCUCGGCGUGCCAAGAAGAGGACAGCAAUGGAGUCAUCAUCUGGGGAUGGUCAGUCGUCCCUUCGCUCCUCCGGUAGACAGGUCAACGUCAGAAUGAAGCGCUGCAAUAAUCCUCCACCUGGACAGACUAAAAGAAAAGCCACUGACACAGAGGAAGAAGAGGACCAAUCUGAGAAGAAGUACAGAAAGUGUGAAAAGGCUGGAUGCUCGGCCACAUACCCAGUGUGCUUUGCUAGUGCCUCUGAAAGGUGCGCCAAAAACGGCUACACUUCUCGGUGGUACCAUUUGUCCUGCGGGGAGCACUUUUGCAACGAGUGUUUUGAUCACUACUAUAGAAGUCACAAAGAUGGCUAUGAGACAUAUGCAUCCUGGAAGAGGGUUUGGACUGGCAAUGGGAAGAGUGAGCCCAGUCUGAAAGCUUUCAUGGCAGAUCAACAGCUUCCAUACUGGGUCCAAUGCACUAAGCCAGACUGUGGGAAAUGGCGUCAGCUAACCAAGGAGAUCCAGCUCACUGCCUCACUAGCAGCCACGUAUCGCUGUGGCAUGAAGUUCAACAAUGUCAAGACCGAAGGGCCAGACCAGUGCUCUCUGCCAGAAGAUUUGAGAGUGGCGGAGGUGAUCGACAGCUGGUGGCAUUCCAUGUUGAUCCUGCCCCCGUUAUUUAAGGACAGCCCGGCCAACCCUUUCCUCACAGCCUACUAUCCCGACUGUGUGGGCAUGAGCCCCUCAGGAUCCACCAGCAACCACUCUCAUGCUGAGUUGAGGGCAGAGCACUGCAGAGCCAUCCCACCACAGAUUCCAGGGCUGUGUCCAUACUUCCAGCCUUUUUACCAGCCCAACGAGUGUGGGAAGGCCUUGUGUGUGCGACCGGACAUGAUGGAGCUGGAUGAGCUCUAUGAGUUUCCAGAGUUUUCCCGUGACCCCACCAUGUACCUGGCCCUGCGUAACCUUAUCCUGGCCUCCUGGCACAGAGGCUGUAAGGAGGUGCUGACACCCCAGAACUGUGCUCCCCACAUCAUUGUGAGAGGGCUGGUACGUGUGCGUUGUGUACAGGAAAUGGACAGGGUGCUUCUCUUUAUGACCAGGAAGGGUCUGAUCAACACUGGGGUUCUAUCAGUCAAACAGCCCCUGCUUCCCGAGCGCUACCACAACAAGAACGUGAUUGUGAUUGGAGCCGGGGCAUCGGGGCUGGCUGCUGCGCGGCAACUGCAAAACUUUGGCAUGCAGGUGGUGAUGCUCGAGGCGAGUGAGCGGAUUGGAGGGCGGGUGUGGGACGAUACAUCGCUGGGCGGCGUCACUGUGGGUCGGGGGGCUCAGAUUGUGAACGGCUGUGUGAACAACCCAAUUGCACUAAUGAGUGAGCAGCUCAGCAUUAAUAUGCACAAGCUGGGGGAGAGGUGUGACCUGUUCCAGGAGGGAGGGAGUGCCACAGACCCGGCCAUCGAUAAGCGCAUGGACUUCCACUUUAACGCCAUCCUGGAUGUGGUGUCAGAAUGGAGGAAAGACAAGUCUCAGAACCAGGACACUCCUCUGGGAGAGAAAAUCCAGGAGGUCUACAAGACAUUCCUUCAGGAGUCUGGGGUCCAGUUCAGCCAGCUGGAGGAGAAAGUGCUUCAGUUCCACCUCAGCAACCUGGAAUAUGCCUGUGGAAGCACACUGGACCAGGUGUCGGCUCGAUCCUGGGACCACAAUGAGUUCUUUGCUCAGUUCUCAGGAGACCAUACACUGCUGACAGAGGGCUAUUCGUCUGUGCUUAACAAACUGGCUGAGGGCCUCGACAUCCGCAUCAAGAGCCCGGUUCAAGCUAUCGAUUACUCAGGGGAUAUAGUCAAAGUUACCUCAUCCAAUGGGACUCAGUGGACAGCACAGAAAGUUCUGGUGACAGUCCCAUUGACUUUACUCCAGAAGAAUAUCAUUCAAUUCAACCCUCCUCUUCCUGAGAGAAAGCUGAAAGCCAUCCACAGUCUUGGAGCAGGUCUCAUUGAAAAGGUUGCUCUGCAGUUCCCGUUUCGCUUCUGGGACGGAAAGAUCCAAGGAGCAGAUUACUUUGGCCACAUUCCACCCAGUCCUGACAAGAGAGGGAUGUUUGGUGUGUUCUAUGACAUGGAUCCACAGGGAAAACGCAGUGUCCUGAUGUCCGUCAUCAGUGGUGAAGCUGUGCCUUCUAUCAGGGACAUGGAGGACAAAGAUGUCGCUGAUCAGUGCGUGAAGGUGCUGCGUGAACUCUUCAAAGAGCAGGAGGUCCCCGAUCCGGUGAAUUACUUUGUGACUCGGUGGAGCAGAGACAUGUGGUCUCAGAUGUCAUACAGCUUCGUGAAGACAGGGGGCAGCGGGGAGGCCUAUGACAUCAUUGCUGAAGAUGUGCAAGGAAAGGUGUUCUUUGCUGGGGAGGCGACCAACAGGCACUUUCCUCAGACGGUAACAGGAGCCUAUUUGAGUGGCGUCCGAGAAGCAAGUAAAAUAGCUGCUUUGUAACUCCUUCCCUUUUGAGCAGUCACACGAUACCAGCAUAAAGACAUCGACGUUGUACAGCGCAAAGCAUUCGUUCC